AUGUCGAGCAUCGUAUUCAGAAGGUUCUUCGGAUUCACGAGGAACGUGCUGGCUACAGAAGGCGAAACUCGAAUAACUGGGAUUCUGAAGAACCACUACAAGAAGGCUUCUAAGCUUGAAGUUCACGAUGUUUCUAGUAAGUUAAGACACAGUUCUGCAGGUUUAACUUUAAGAAGGUUGUCACAGCUUUGGAUUUCAUCAGAAAAGGCAGACGUUUUUGGACAAAUGGAGUGACUUAUUCUCGGGGACGAUAAAGAUCCAAAAAGAUCUAAAAGUUGCUGAAAUUAUCGCUAAAAGAUUGCUUUUCAGAUGGCUGUGGCUCCAUGUACCAGAUCAUCGUGCACACUCCAGAAUUCAAAGGCCGAAUGAAGUUGGAUCAGCACAAGGAGAUCACCAACCUACUUAAAGACGAAAUCAAAUCGAUGCACGGACUCAACAUCGAAACAAAAGCUCAAUAG